AUGUACCGUGAUCGUGAUAUUGGAUAUUUAACGACGGUUGCUGCUAAAAUUGUCACAGAUGACUAUCAACUCGUAAAAAAGAUAUUAUGGUGGGGUAUUAUUCACACAGUGGAGAUUUUAAAAAGUUUACCAAAUAAUUAUUUAGAAUUAAGCACUGGACCUGGACUAUUGGCUAGUACAAUAUUAUCCUUUGGUGCUCAAGAAAGGGCAGAGGCUCAUAAAGAUUAUGAUUAUAUAUUAGAAACAGAUGUUUGUAAAAAGUAUGAAAGUUAUUUACAUGAGGGGAUUGAUAAAAAGCAUUACGCUUAUUGUGCUGCAAAAACG